CGACUAUCCAAUAUCACGGCUGUUGGAUGUGUUUUUGUUUAUGGUGCUGUUAUUUUACUUGGCCUCGACCACUCAACACUUCCAUCAUCGGAUACGGCUUUUCCAACAGUUUGUACGGCUCGAGUCUAUUUGCUGUCAGCUGGAUUUUCGCUUACAUUCGGUUCAAUGUUUGCGAAAACUUACCGUGUACAUCGGAUCUUCACACACAGUUGGGGCGGUAUUUUUUGUAAGGAUAAAAUGCUCAAAGAUACUAAAUUAAUUUCUAUGGUUUGCUGUCUGCUGCUGGUCGAUGCUCUCGUCGUGACAUUUUGGACUCUGCUGGAUCCAAUGGAGAGAAAUUUAAAAAAUUUAACAAUAGAAAUAAGUCAUACAGAUCGUUCGGUCGUGUAUCAACCGCAGGUUGAAGUUUGUCAGAGCUUGCACACAAAGACUUGGUUGGGAUUUUUAUAUGCUUAUAAAGGAUUGUUAUUGGCUGUCGGUGUAUAUAUGGCAUGGGAAACGAGACAUGUAAAGAUACCAGCAUUAAAUGACUCUAAAUAUAUUGGAUUCUCCGUCUACGGUGCUGUCAUAACGAGCGUUAGUGUUGUAGUUUUAGCAAAUUUACUAUCUGAACAAGUUACGUUAGCUUUCAUUAUUAUCACAUCAAUAAUUUUAACAUCAACUACAGCAACAUUAUGCUUGGUCUUUUUGCCAAAAAUGAAUGAUAUAUUUAACAAAGAAAUUCAAGUGGAUCCAGUUAUACAUAGUAUGGGUUUAAAAUUGGAAUAUAAUACAAGGCGGUUUGCAACUGACGAUAAGAGAGAAUUACAAUAUCGUGUUGAAGUACAAAAUCGAGUUUAUCGUAAAGAGAUGGCAACACUUGAUGCGGAAAUUGCUAAGCUCGAGAAAAUGCUGGAGAAUCGUUCAUCAUCCACAUCCUCAUCGCAAGUUUCAAUGAUACCGCACAUCAAGCCUGAGAUCGUGAUUGACGAGUCAUCUGCUGAUAUAAGCACUGGAAAAACCCAGAGACCGAGUAUUUCUGGUACAUUACCGUUGCUAUUGUUAUCAGUCUUACCGCCUGUGAUUCCGAGAGCUUCAUGGCCAAAUACCGAACAUAUGCAAAUCCCCAUGCGACGAUCUGUCUGUUUCAGUUCACAACCACAAAUGCGUAAUGAUGACACAAAUGGUAUUCAAAUGCCAGCAAUAGAUUUACUAAAUUUACGCUUGACACAGCAACAGAAUGCAAGCGAGAGAAGCGGAAUUUUAAAUAGAAUUAGAAAUCUUUUUGGUGGUUCGAGAGCGCCUAGUCGUAAAACAUCGACUGCGUCGCUUGCACCGUCACACAUAGCGAAUGCAUUAAAAUCACAUAUGAGCAUGUUAACGGGUUUAUUGCCAAGCACAAGCUCAUCAUGUCAUGUUCUCAACACUCCUAAUUUACCCGAACGAGAAAUACUUAGACGUCAAUCAUUUGCUCACAGUGGCAAUGCCAUUAACUCAACCAAUAUUGAAAUUGUUGAACCGGAACUGAUAAAGAGUCGCAAUCGACGAAAAUCAAUGGCUUUCACAAUAAGUGCACAUAUUGAGAAUGCUCCAAAUUUAGAAAUUGAUGAGUUGGAGGAGAACGAACACACAGAACCACGAGUUAAUUUCAUUUUACCCGCACGACGACGUAGUUCAAUUAUACAUCAAUACUCACAGCCCACCUUACGAGAACGUGUCAAAGGCUCUCCACGAUUUCCACAUCGAAUCGUGCCAACGAGCAGUCUUAAUGCUCUUGAGGAUUCAUUUACAAGCAACAGUAAAAUGUGUACAAAUAGCAAUGAGCACAUAUCACCAGCAAAAUGGAAAUCAAUGGAGGAAGAAUCACUACAUAUGAUCAGCAAUAAAACACUUGCAGUACAUCUGCAGAAUCUCGAUAAAAUUUCGAUAAUAAAUGAUGGUAACAAAUUUGAGAACAUUGAGAGUAUCGAUGAGGAAAUAAUUCACAGUCCCAAUCUGAAUAGUGACGAUAUUUAUGAGGUUAUGUGAAUCUGUAUUUUGAGUGUCCCUCCUACAAACACACAAGCAAUUCAAAUGUCUUUUAACAUGUAUAACAAAAAAUACAAACAAAAGUGUCCCAUACAACAUUUUAAAUGUACCUUGAAAUUUAUUUUCUUUUUCUACAAUUUUUAUUGAAUUUUCUGACUUUCGACUUGUGUCAAUUUUUUUGGGGAUGGUUGGUUGGGUUUGGGGAAGAAAUUUUUGGUGAUUGAUGUGAGGAUUCUAUUAAAGAGUGGUCUAUUGAGAUGUCUGAGGAAAGUUUCCUGGGCUACCGGAAGCACUCUACCUCUAGAGAUGUUCUACACCUGUCGCUUAAAUAAGAACUAUAUGUGAAUAGAGUUUAAACGGUUUCUAAAGGAGCCACAGCAGAAGAUAUAUACCAAAUUUCAAUCAUGUGAGCUGAAGUGGUUCUGUGGCGGAAUGGUUUAGUACUUCGGUACUCAAUUUUUGCAAAACUGACACUGCGAUCAUUGGUUCGAGACUGGGUAUCCAAAAUUUUUCGCUUGUCCAUAUUCGAAUCUUACUUACUUACUUCCUUGGCUGGGUCGCACAUGGGUCCAUUGCUGCGCUUAGAGAUCGUCUAAAUACAGCUCUAUCUUUAGAAACCUUCUCCCAGUUCAGGAUUAUUCGAACCUUAUGCAUAGGGUUACCAUCUAAUUUUCAUGAAAAUGCAGGACUUUUGGUAAAUUUUUUCGAAAAAUACAGGACAUAGAGUAAAAUUCGAA